AANUUAUUGCUUUGCUCCAUGUAACCUAGUUCUAUGGAUUUGUAAUCAAAAAACAAAUUUCAUCUUAUUCUAUUUAAUAGACCCAGAAAUCUUGAACAUUUGACUAAAAAUCGCCAAUCUUGAAUCUAGUCAAAAUAGUUUUAAUAUUACAGAAAUGGACUCUCGUAGAAGAGCUCCCAACUUUUCUAAAGAACAAACUCAAUUGCUUAUAGAAAUAGUUGAAAGUGUGAACAGAAGAGAUAUAUUAGAUUCUCCUAGCAAUACAGCGGUUAUGAAACGGAAGAAAAUGGAAGUUUGGAGGUUGAUUCAUGCUAAGUUUAGAGAAAGAUCUGGAUGCAACUUAUUCAGUAUUCAGAAUCUCAAAGGCAAAUAUAGAAAUAUAUCCUAUACGCGUGGGCAGAAAAUAAAUUUAGAUCCUGGCAAGCAGCAGCACUACCUUGAAAAUAAGGAUGUUACUCCCGAAGUAAAGGCUACCUACUAUCCUACUAUUCUUCCAAAGCGUGCAGAAAAAGAUCCUCUGGAGAUUCUUGAUAUUCCUGUUAAAGUUGAGAUACAUGAUGAUGAAGAAGAAGCAGAUAUUGAAAGAAAGCGAAGAGCACCAAACUUCUCAAGAUUCCAAAGUCAAUUACUCCAAGAGAUAAUUGAAAAUUUCGAGGGAAAAGAUAUAAUAGAUUCUACAAGUAACACAACUGCAAUGAAAGAUAUGAAAAAUGAUGCAUGGAGAGUUGUACAUAAUCAGUUUAUAGAGCAGUCAGGCUGUGAUGUCUUUAGUAUUGAUAACUUAAAAGUGAAAUAUAAGAACAUUGUAUGUCGCAAAAGAAAGGAGGUGUGUAGUGAGGAUAGUUCUAAGCCUGAAGAUACAAUGGAUUUGAUGGGGAUGAGUUGGAACUCCCUGGAGAAUCUUGAAUUUCCUCUCACAAACCAAGAAAAACCUGACCGUGUUACACUAGAACAAGAAAUGGAGAUGGACUUCAAGAGACGGGCUCCAAAUUUUUCCAAAGCUCAAACGGAAUUACUUUUAGCAAUAAUUGAAAAGUUUGGUGGGAAGGAUAUUCUCACCUCAGGGAUAAACUCAGCUGAGAUGGUGGAGAAGAAGAAGGAAGCAUGGAUUGCUGUGCAUACUUAUUUUAUCGAGAAAUCUGGUUGCAAAACUUUUACAGUUGAUAAUUUAAAAGUAAAAUACAAGAACUCCAUCCAAAGAAAAAAGAAAUCUGAGGCUUCUAAAGAAGGGUUUGUAGGGUUAUCUCAUGCCUUUGAUCCUCUCUCAAUCCAUGGAUCUGAUCAUCCUCAACCUUAUCCUCCAGACCGUCAUCUCAAACCUCAGGAUUUGGGUAGCAGUUGUGAAGGAUGGGAAAAAUUUGAAGAAGAAGAAGGUAUUGAGGAACUAGAAAUUGAAGAAGAUGAUGCUUUUGAAGAUCUUCAAACUUUAGAUCAAUAUUUGAAAUAUCCAAAUCAGAACCAGAUCAAACAGAACCAGAUCAAUCAGAAACACCUCAACCCGAUCCAGAUCAGUCAAAACCAAAUUAACCAUAAUCAAAUCAAUCAGAACCAGCUCAACCAGAACCAGAUAAACCAUAACCAGAUCAAUCAGAACCAGAUUAAUCAGAACCAGAUUAACCAGAACCAGAUCAACCAGAACCAGAUCAGCCAAAACCAGAUCAGCUGCAACCAAUACUACACCGAAGCUGAAGAAAUAGAGAGACGGAAGAGAGCUCCAAACUUCUCUGCAGCUCAAUCUAAGUUGCUUCAAGAGCUGAUUGAGAACUUUGAGAGAAAAGACAUAAUUCAUUCAUCCAGUAAUUCUUCAGCAGUUAAGGAAAUGAAAAAUGAAGCAUGGACAAUUAUACAUGACCGGUUUAAAAAAGAAUCUGGGUCUGAUCUUUUCUCUGUUGAAAACUUGAGAGGGAAAUACAGAAACACUUGUUACUUGAAGAAGAAAUCAGAGGUUUUAAAGGUUAAAAGUAUAGCUGAGAGUGAUAUUGGUAUAAAAGAAAUUAAAGAUAUGGCACCACAAGCCACCCUUUCCGACACAGGUGGAGAUAUGGUGCCACAAGACAUCCUUUCUGGCUCAGAAGAUGGAGAUACGGUGCUAGACUCUACCGUGUCUGACCCAGAAGAUGGUAGGUUGGAGACGGAGUUAGACCCGAGUCUGCUGGAGAGUGAAGACAUUAGACGAAAUGAAGAACAGAAGAGAGCUCCAAACUUCUCUGAAGACCAGGCAUUUGCACUUAAAGAAAUAAUAAAGAACUUUGAUGGAAAACAUAUUAUAAACUCUCCAAGUAAUACUGAAAAAAUGUUGGAACAGAAGAGAGAAGCUUGGAGAUCAAUUCAUAAACUAUUCAAAGAAGUAACUGGCUGCGAUUAUUUUAGUAUUCAUAAUCUAAAAGUUAAAUACAAGAACAGUACAAAUAAAAAACGAAAUAAAACUUUGAAGAUUAACCCAGCGAAAACUAAUUCUGAAGAGGAGAUUGUGAACCCAGUAUUGUUGACGCAGGUGCCUACUAUAGAACUCAUAAAACCAGCAGUAUUAAAGCGGAGGAAGCCGACAUUUAAUCAGCUGAUGAAGGACUUACUAAAACUGAAAGAAGGAGUUGAGAAUAAUCUUCUUCUUAUUGAACAAAUUACAGAUCAAGAAGGUGUAAAGGAGCUAGCAGUAAACUCUGCUAAAGAGAAUAUUUCAAUCCUAAACUCUAUACUUGAAGAUGGGAAAGAAAUUGAAAAUGAUCCAGGAGGAGUCCAUCAGGUUGAUCAAGAUCCUGAUCAUCCUCCGGAGAUUCAAACUCCAGUAUCCGGGCCAUUGGAAAAGGGGAGAGAUGUUAAGUUAGAGCGUUCAGAAGAUGUUAAAGGUGGAAUUCUAGAUUUUCACGUAUCUGAAGAAAAUUGUAAUAAUUCAAAAUCCAUGCGUAAAAAGAACUUUCAGAUAAACGGAAAUAUUAAAGGAAUGUUGAAAACAGAAACAGAAGGCGUUCCAGUCAAGCAAUUUAAACACAAUAAGGAGCUGUUUUCUUGUGAUAAAUGUGAAUAUGUUACGUUAACCCAAAUUGCUCUACUAAAUCACAUGAAGACUCGGCAUGAGAGGGGUAGACCAACCUGUGUUCUGUGUGGACUCAUGUUCAAGACUAAAUUUGAUCUUGCGCGUCACCGCAGACAGAAACACUGGAAUGUGGAGGCUAGAAGUAAAAAAGUGACCUCAGACGAGAAAACCGUUUUCUUGUGUGAACUUUGUGCUUUUACAACUGAUGUUGAACUAACCUUGAAGAAACACAAGUGGAAUAAACAUCUACGAGUGCUGAGAUGUGAUCUCUGUAGUUUUAAAUGUCAUAAGUUUAAGUUUAUGAACAAUCACAAGGCUAAACAGCAUGGAAUCAGUUUUCCUUGUGAUGAAUGCAAGUAUACCACGUUGAACAAGUACAGCUUGAAGCUGCACAAGGAUAGAAUGCACGGUGCUAUUAGUUUCUUCUGUGACCAGUGUGAAUACUCCUCAACCACCAAGCUGGAUCUAUUCAGGCACUAUGGCAAGCAGCAUCAAGGCAAAACAUAUCCAUGUGAUCAGUGUGAUUUUGUCGGUAGUUACAACAGCUCUUUGUUUAGACACGUACAGGUCAACCAUAAGGGUGUACGGUAUUCAUGUGAAGAAUGUAAUCUAUUGUUUACUCUAAAUAGUUCCUUGAAAAAGCACAUUAAAUCUGUACAUUUAGGGAUAAAGAUUCCUUGUGAUCAAUGUGAUAUGACCUUUUCCGCUCGUGGAAACAUGCUCCGACACAAGAGAAGUAAACAUGGAGCUGAUUAAAUAAACAGAAAUAUAUAAUGUUGGUUCUCAGCUUCAUCUUUAUUUAUAGAAAAUUAGAAAAUGUCUACUUGUAUUAAUAAAUAAAGAUAUUUUAAAUUAAA